AUGCGUCUCCUCAACGCGGCCUAUUCUCUUCUCUUUUCUGGUCUCACGGCGUUUUCCUUCUCGAGUUCGCUGCCGGUGGUGGAUCUGGGUUAUGAGUUGCACCGGGCGAUUUCUUUUGAUGAAACGACCCAAACCUACAACUUUAGCAACAUCCGUUAUGCUGCAACCCCCACUGGUACUCAGCGAUUUCUGCCGCCACAACCUCCAAGUAUAAACCGCACAGAGAUUCAGACUGGCUCCGUUGGACGCGUCUGUCCUCAGGGAUUACCGAUAUGGAGUGCGGAAAUCAUGGUCCCGUUUUUGCAAAGCGUGCUCUUAGGGACGCCGUUUAAUCAGUCUGGCAACAUCAGCGAUUAUCCGGUUGUCUGGCCACCUGGGGAUUCCAGAAUCACGGAAGACUGUCUCUUUUUGGAUGUGAUUGUACCAAAGGGUAUUUUUGAAGGAGGCAGCAGUGGGCAAAAUGCGUCGGCGCCAGUGCUGGUUUGGAUUGAUGGAGGUGGAUACGUUGGCGGUGACAAGACUGAAUGGGAUCCGAAAGGUCUCUUCAAGAGGGGUAUGGACACAGGGGAGGAAUUCAUCUAUGUGGCCAUCAAUUAUCGGUUGGGUGCUUUUGGCUGGUUGUCGGAUGCCAAGGGCAUGGCCAAUGCUGGGCUUCAUGACCAGCGACUGGCCCUGCAGUGGGUGAGGCAACAUAUCAGCCUCUUUGGAGGAAAUUCCGGUCAGAUCACCGUCAUGGGCCAGUCUGCUGGCGGGGGAUCCAUUAUCCAUCAAAUCGCAGCACGUGCGAAUGGAACUGCGGACCUGCCCUUUCACCAGGCCAUCAUCCAGAGUCCGACCUGGUAUCCACUCUCGGUGGAGCAGCAACAGUCAAGCCUACGUCAGUUCCUGCGGUUGCUCAACGUGUCGUCGGUCGAGGAAGCGCGCCGUCUUCCCUCAAGCCAAUUAAUGGCCGCCAAUGCCUAUCAGAUAGCGACCACGCCAGUCUAUGGGACGUUCACGUAUGGCCCGGUCGUUGACGGGAGCCUCAUCCCGAAAUUACCGAGCCGGGCUAUGCUGGCUCCUAACUUUAAAUGGAAAAAUCUCCGCGUUAUGACAAGCCAUACGUCCAACGAAGGGCUAGCAUUUACUCCACCAGCCGGAGCCAAUAGCUCCGCCUAUCCAUCCAUUAUUGAGGCUUAUGUCCCGAGUCUAACGCCUGAAUCGAUCGAGGACAUAGCGCGGAAAUAUUAUCCCUCCAGGUACAAUACCUCCUCCACGGAGAGCCUCGGGUACGGCAGUCCCCUAGAGAGGACAGCUCUCACAGUGAGCGACGCAUUCUUUCGAUGCAAGAAUCUCUAUCUCAACGCGGUCUUCGACACCGCAUACGCGUCUGUCUUUAAUGUACUGCCGGGAUUGCACUCACAAGACCUCGCCUUCACAUUCUACAACCACUCUCAGCCAGGUGCGAGCGUAGGUCCGUUCGACACAGGGCUGGCUUUGACGAUGCAGGAUUAUAUUAUAUCGUUUGUGAAGCGGGGCGUUCCAUCUUCGGCGAAUGCGACAGAUUGGGGAGCAUAUGCGGACGAUGAACGCGUGCUAGAUAUGGGACUGCAGGACAUCGCCAUGACUCCAGAUCCGGUAGACAAGAAUCGGUGUCGGCUCUGGUGGGAUAUCAGCGGGUGA